AAAAAAGCGGCGUCAGCUACUAACUAACGCGCAAUCUGCGAUCUUUUGUGUUUUUCCUGUUGCAAACCGAGAUUGCAUUUAAAUAGAUACCGAUAUUUUUCUCAUAAACUAUGGCCGAAAACGAUGUUACAAAAAAAUCUGAUGAUGAUGUGAAAAAUAUAAGACGUAAAUAUAGACAAGCAAAUGGUCUUAGAUGUUUAAUAGAAUCAUGUGGUGCGAGCUAUAGGACAAGUCUCGAAAAUAAUCCAGUUAAAUUAUUUUCGUUUCCAACAAAACUAUCUAAUGUGAACAAGUGGAUUAAAAAAUGCAACUUAUCCAAUAAUUUGGAUCUUAAAAGGGCUAGAAUUUGUAACAGGCACUUUGAAGAGAAAUAUAUUUGUGGUCGAAAAGUAACGCCCGAUGCAAUUCCAACCUUAAAUUUGUGCAAACCAAACUUCUCUUAUGAUAUUGACGACUUUAGGGAUGCAAUUUUUUUAGUAGGCAGUGACGAAGAGGAAACGGAAGAGGAAGAAAAAGAAGAACAGAAUAUUAAAAACAUUCGGAUUGAAAAUGAUAUGAAAAAUGAAUGUGCCGACGAAGAAUCUGUAGAUACUUUAUUGAGCUUUAAGAACAAGCCAAAAAAUCAAGAUUUAGUCGACGUUGAUGGCUCAUCCUAUUGCUCAAAUUGUAUAAAGAAAGAGCAAAAUGAGGUAUACUAUAGAAGAAAAUAUUAUAAUAUCGGAAUAGAGCUUACAAGAGUACAGGAAAAGUAUAUUAGUUUAAAAAAAAGGUAUCUUGCUUUAAAGCAGGCCUCUAAAGACAGAGACAUUUCAUUUAACACUGGGAAUUGUUCAAGCAAUUCAAAGCUGAGCUAAGUACACGCCAGCGCCCACAUCCCAUUCAUUCAUAUCUAUAUAUACAUUCAUAUAAAUGUAAAGUAUUAUCGAUACUUUACACGGAAGCAGCAGCACCGGCAUCGGAGGCUGCCGGCAGACGAAGAGGAAACCUCCGUCGCCGGCGCUGUGUCGUCCAAGAGGAAACCAAACGAGAUCAUAUACAGAUUCUUCAACCCUUCUGAAAGUCACUCAGUCUUCCAAUCCGUACAAUGAUUAUUGCCAGCAUUUUGUGGACACCGGUCAAAGGCCAAAGAAUUUUAUACGCGACAUCGAACUGGCCGAUCGCUUCCAGGAAUAUCCGUAACUGCGUGAGCUGAUUAAGCUGAUAAACUCAUUUAAGACACUGCAUCGGCGCCCAUGUAUCUGAAAGCAGAUAUGAAAACCUUGGGCAGUAAAUUUGACGUUAUUCUCAUCGAGCCACCGCUUGAGGAAUAUGCUCGAGUAGCACCCGCUGUAGCGACAGUGGGCGGAGCACAACGAGUCUUCUGGAACUGGGAUGAUAUACUGAAUAUGGAUGUUGGCGAAAUAGCUGAACAUUGUUCGUUUGUCGUUCUGCGGUCAGGUUCAUCGGAGGGUUUAGGUCAUCAUUGAGGCUUUCCUCGUUAUGAGAACAUCUACUGGAUAUGCAAUAACAAAUAGAAGCCUGGUUGGUAAUCCAACGCACUAAGGAAAGGAACACUAAUGGGCAACAGCGACGGCGAUAUAAUUAUAUCCGAGGGAGCGCAGAACAGAUGCUUUCAGAAACCUAUCAUUCAUAUCAUUGAACAUUUUUUUUUUGCCUGGAUCAUCACGUUUCGAAUUGUUUGGUCUCUAUUCAAGCUCAGCUGGCGAAGUAUCAGAUGUACACUUUCUAAAGGUAGGCUU